GUGGGGUUAGUGUAUAGCGCGGCGGCGCGAGCGCAGAUCGUCCGCAGUCUUCGGUUGAUCUCUGAGAGGAAUGGGCGGGAAUUAAAUUGAUCCAGUUGGUCGCGACGCGCGUACGCAAACGAUUUAUAAAUUAAAAAAAAAAACAAUUUAUGUUCCAUUAUUACUCGUUGUUAUCAAACAUAUUGUGUGAGAAGUGCUUGUGUUAAUGUGUACAAAUGCUUUGUUCAGUGAUUAAAACAAAACAUCGUAAAACCGCACGACGCUUCAAAAAACACAUUAGAAAGUUUCUCAAUUAAAGCUUUCACAUGUGCGAGAAUAAUCCUGUCAGCGAGAAGAUGACGAAUAUCACUCCGGAGACGAGGAUCAUGAUGAUCAGGUCGCCGGAUGGAAGAAACCGGUAUAUGCGUCAGAUCCUGGCGGCUCUUGCUGUGUCCCUUGGGCCGUUCGCAGCGGGUCUCAGUAAAGGCUACAUGUCCCCAGCAUUGGCGUCGAUGCAGGAUACAAGGAUACACGAUGCCUUCUCGGUUAGCGACCAACAAGCGAGUUGGAUAGCUAGCCUUAGUUUAUUAGGAGCCUUUAUCGGUGGCAUUAUGGGCGGGAUGGUGAUGCGGUUUGGCAGAAGGACGGUGUUGCUAGCUACCGCCCUACCCUACACACUGGCGUGGCUGGCCACGGCGCUAUCAAGCAGCGUGCACAUGGUAUCAGCCACCUCGUUCUUCGGGGGAAUGCUGAUCUGCUGUAUAAAUAUGACGACACAGGUAUACGUCACAGAAAUAGCAGUUCCCGAGAUCAGAGGAUGCCUCAGCUCCGUAUUGAAGAUCCUCAGUCAGAUCGGCAUCCUAAUAUCAUUCACUUUGGGAGCGUACCUCAACUGGUACCAACUCGCUCUGAUGGUAGCCGCCGCCCCGAUACUCUUAUUCUUUGCUCUCUUCUUCAUACCAGAAACUCCUUCUUCAUUGCUCCUGAGAGGAAGGGAAACUGAAGCUGAGGAUAGUCUGCAGUGGCUCAGGGGACCAGACGCGGACGUACGCCAAGAACUAGCCACAAUCAGGACCAACAUAUUAGCCAGUAAACUGUCAAAUGGGACGAACACGGGCAAAUUCAAGGUAUUGCUCUCGAAGCGGCUGACCAGACCAGUACUCAUCACGUGCGGCCUAAUGUUCUUCCAGAGAUUCACUGGAGCAAACCUAUUCAAUUUCUACGCAGUCAAAAUAUUCAAGAAGACCCUAAGAUCUAUGAACCCUCAUGGAGGGGCAAUAGCGACUAGCGUUGCGCAGCUGUUGGCUUCUUGUUUGUCGGGGAUGCUGAUCGACAACAUAGGAAGACUACCGCUUCUCAUGAUAAGCGGGGUGAUGAUGUCCAUAGCCUUAGCCGGCUUCGGUUCUUACGCUUACUACGAAGAAGUUAUAAGAAAUACGACCGAUUUAACAAGCGCCGAACCAGGAUCAUACGACUGGAUCCCCUUGCUCUGUGUCCUGACGUUUACCAUAGCCUUUUCGUUAGGCAUCAGUCCGAUUUCGUCUCUAUUGAUUGGGGAGCUGUUCCCUCUGGAGUACAGGAGUACUGGUAGCGCAUUAGCGACGAGUUUCAGUCAUUUGUGCGGAUUCGUGAAUGUUAAAACCGCCGCAGACUUCCAAGAUCAAAUAGGGCUCUACGGUCUGUUCUGGAUGUACGCAGGUAUCUCGGUCCUCUGUCUGCUGUUCGUGGUGCUAUUCGUUCCGGAAACGAAGGGCCGCGAAAUAGACGAGAUGGACCCGAAAUACGUAGAAUCUUUGUGCAUAAAUCGAUAAUGACAGACGAGAUGAAGUUUCUGAGAUUUAUUCCCGCAGUAUUAAAACUGUAAGUAUUAUAGUCCUUCAAAGUUCCUUGACACAAGCUUCCGGUAGAAGUACGAAGAAGUCCGUUAGACUUUAAUCUGAUGAUUGGCGAACGAUUUUUAACCGACUUUAAAAAGGAGGUGGUUCUCAAUUCAAUCACAUUUUUUUAAUCUAUUUCACCUCAGAUUUUGAUGAUUCUGUUCUUUUUUUCAAUGCUAGUAGCUUGUAUGAUCCUAUAUUUUGUCCAAAUUUUCGAUUAUAAGAAUCAAAGCUAAUUAAGUCCAACCAGUUCUCUUCAGUCACUUGACCCUGGUAGAGUUGAAGCUUCUGGAAGUAGUUUUUAGGUUAUUUUAUUCUAAAUAAGUCAAACUUAAAGGUUCAGCCUAGAUCCCACCAUAGCUCUAACUGUAUAUAUAAGCAUCUUCUGAGUAUUAUGACGACGUACUUCGAUCGCCAGCUGGCAUUUACUGGUGGUGGUCUUAUGGCCCGCACGGGCUGGUACCACCACCCUGCCUAUUCCUGCCUAUCUCGACUGUAAAGCAUUCGGUUUGAAGGGCGGGACAUCACUGCAAUACGUUUAAAACUUCAAUGUCUUAAAAUGGGUGACGACUUUCACGUGGUGUUGCCUAUGGGCUCUUGUAACCACUUCACACCACGCCGCCAGUUGUUUUCAACCGUCCGAACCCAUUAAAAUCGUGAGGCCCGUUUUUAAUAUGGCAACUAAUUAGUUUCAUAAGAAUUUUGUAAAUAUAACUUUCGUCUACCAACCCGACACAAAUAAUAUUGACUGAUUAUUAUAUAAAGCUUAUUUUCUAUUGUCCGGACUGACCGACGGUCGAUCUGGAAUUGGUCUGGUCGCAGCUUAAACCCUAGUCCCGAAGUCUGCGUCUAUAACUGCGAAUACUCACAGAUCUGUUUUAUUGUUGAAUAAUAAUUUAAAUUUUAAGUUUUGACUAACAUAGUGUACGUUGAAUGUGUCCAGUGUGCUUAGCGCGAGUUUUUUAACGUUCUCGAUAGCGUAAAAGUUAACUGAAAUUUGUAUGCAGUUGGAACAGCGCCCCUAGCGGCAAACGUAGGCAAUCUUUCCAACUCCAUACAAAUUUGACUUAACUUUUACGCUAUCGACAACGUUAAAAAACUCGCACUAAGCACACAUGUUAAUGUGUUAAUUUUGGUUGAAGAUCGAGCGUCUCUGUCUGGCUUGACGUUUGUAAAUGCGUACGACAGGGAUGGCUAUAGUUAAGAAUAUAGUUUUCUAUCCUGCUCGCUCUUGUGCUAGUUAAAUGCGAGUAUGCGACACGUUACGAUUCAAUUCAGUCGUUGUGAUUGUAUGUUAUACUAAUAAUUCGUAUUUUAGAUAAAAUAUUAUAGGAAUAUUGUUUCGAAUUACGGGUGAAAAUGUUCGAAAAAAAAAAAUCAAGGCUUUUAUAAAUCACAUGAGAUUUUUCUUAACACUAUCGAUAUUCUCUGUGUGCUUAGUGCGAGAUUUUUAACUUCUCGAUAGCGUAAAAGUUAACUCAAAUUUGUAUGGAGUUGGAACAGCUUCCCAGCGUUUGCCGCUAGAGGCGCUGUUCUAACUCCAUACAAAUUUGAGUUGACUUUUACGUAGUGUGUCAAUGAUAUUGUCAUGUCGUUGUCGUUUCGAAUUCUUUUCUCGUAUCGCUAAGCUGAAUAAAUGCAUUUAAGUCUACUUUAAUAUUGUCCAAAUCACAGUAUUCACGUCAGAGGGACGUAAAUAAAUAAAUAAAAUUAAUUUUGUCUAUGAAGGAAAUGUGAAAUAUAGCGUUGUUAUUAAUGAAUAAAUUAAUAAAGUUAAAAAGAAAGCAUAAAUAGAUUUUAUUACGACAAUUAUUUCGAAUCUUUGGUGCUAGCCGGUGCCUUCUUCGCGAAUGAAAGUGUUAAUAAUAGAUUUAUUAUAUUAUAUACGUGAAAUUUUAUUGUUAAUAGUUUAUUUAUUUAGUUAAAAUAUUAUAUUUCGAAUGCCAUAUACAAUGUGUAAUGCUAUUGUGUUGCGUUUCAUUGUAAUUAUACAAUUUUUUGUACUUAAAAAAAUCGAAUUUAAGUGUUUCAAUAAAGAUUGAAUACAAAA